GUUUGAGCCAUUUUUAAAACUGCGCGUUUUAAUUAUAUUUUUAACGCAUUCUGUGGAUUUGACGUUUAUACUAUAUUUAUGACUGCUGGUAACACUCUUUAGCCCUUUUCCGGCUCUCUGUGUCAAAGAAAGCCUUCAUCAUGAAGCAAAUCGUUGCAAACCAGAAAGUGAAAAUCCCUGAGGGGUUGACUGUUCACGUGAAGUCGCGGCUGGUGACAGUUAAGGGACCGCGAGGAGUUCUGAAGAGAAACUUCAAACACUUGGCUGUUGACAUUCGCAUGGUGAACCCACGACUCCUGAAGGUUGAAAAAUGGUUCGGCUCCAAGAAGGAGCUUGCUGCCGUGAGGACAGUCUGCUCCCAUGUUGAAAACAUGAUCAAAGGUGUCACCAAGGGAUUCCAGUACAAGAUGCGUGCUGUGUACGCCCAUUUCCCCAUCAACUGUGUCACCACUGAAGGCAACAGCAUCAUUGAAAUCCGUAAUUUCCUUGGUGAGAAGUACAUCCGGAGGGUAAAGAUGGCACCAGGCGUCACUGUUGUCAACUCCCCCAAGCAGAAGGACGAGCUUAUUAUCGAAGGCAACUCUCUCGAGGAUGUUUCCAGCUCGGCUGCCCUCAUCCAACAGUCUACCACCGUCAAAAACAAGGAUAUCCGAAAAUUCUUAGACGGUCUUUACGUUUCUGAGAAGACUACGGUUGUACCCGAUGAGAUAUAAGGACAUUAAAUAAUAAAAUCCAGAA